UAAACAAAAUGGUGGGCGAACCGUCGCUUUUGGCUGAAAAGAAACGAAGCUACAACGCUACAAAGAUAAGGCAUUGCAUCAUACUUUCCACAAUGCAUCUUUGAGAUUGAGUGAGACAUUUGUUUGUUGAAAUAUCGCGAUAACUCGCCUAAAACGCGAUGAAAAUUUACGAAAUCAAUACAAAAAUGCAGUUAUGGCAGUCGAUAUACUUGCAUAUCUUUGUAUGUGCUCUGGAAAUUGUGUCAUCAACAGGACAAGUUAGGUUUGGAUUCAAAAGUUCAACCUACACCGUUGGUGAGGCAGAUGGUAAAUUGCAAGUUUGUCUUAAUGUUAGCAAUUUUGAUGGGACUUCUUUUUCAGGAACAUUAACGUUCAGAAAUGGCACUGCAACAAGCGGAGAAGAUUAUUCAGAUGAUGAGAAAUCUGUUGGAAUACAAAGUUUUAUUCAAAAAACUGAUUGCGAAAAUAUUGAUAUAAUUGAUGAUAACAGUUAUGAAGGCAGCGAAAAUUUUACAGUUGUUUUGAUGUUAAAUGACCCCAACGUUCAAAUUACUAUUGGCGAAGCGACAGUGACUAUCACAGAUAAUGAAGAUUUUGACGAAUGCAUUGCAAAAUCUCAUAAUUGCCAUCAGAACGCCUACUGCAGUAAUACUGAUGGUUCUUUCAAUUGUUCAUGCAUGAGCGGCUACUUCGGAAAUGGAACUGACUGUGAAGAUAUCGAUGAAUGUGACGCGACUUCUCAUAAUUGCCAUGACAAUGCAUACUGUAACAAUACUAAUGGAUUUUUCAAUUGUACAUGUAAAAAAGGCUACUCAGGAAACGGAACUGACUGCAGAGAUAUCGACGAAUGCUUUGCAAAAUCUCAUAAUUGCCAUCACAACGCCUACUGCAAUAAUACUGAUGGUUCUUUCAAUUGUUCAUGCAAGAGCGGCUACUUCGGAGAUGGAACUGACUGUGAAGAUAUCGAUGAAUGUGGUGUGAGUUCUCAUAAUUGCCAUGACAAUGCAUACUGUAACAAUAUUAAUGGAUCUUUCACUUGUACAUGUAAAAAUGGCUACUCCGGAAAUGGAAUUGACUGUGGAGAUAUCGAUGAAUGUGGCACGGCUUCUCAUAAUUGUCAUUACAACGCCUACUGUAACAAUACUGAUGGAUCUUUCAAUUGUACAUGCAAAAAAGGCUACUCAGAAAACGGAACAGAAUGUCGAGAUAUCGACGAAUGCAUUGAAAAAUCUCAUAAAUGCCAUCCUAACGCCUACUGCACUAAUACCGAUGGUUCUUUCAAUUGUUCAUGCAAAAGCGGCUACUUGGGAAAUGGAACUGUCUGUGAAGAUAUCGAUGAAUGUGGUGUGAGUUCUCAUAAUUGCCAUGACAAUGCAUACUGUAACAAUACUAAUGGAUCUUUCAAUUGUACAUGUAAAAAUGGCUACUCAGGAAAUGGAACAGACUGUAGAGAUAUCGAUGAAUGUGGCACGGCUUCUCAUAAUUGUCAUUACAACGCCUACUGUAACAAUACUGAUGGAUCUUUCAAUUGUACAUGUAAAAAAGGCUACUCAGGAAACGGAACAGACUGCCGAGAUAUCGACGAAUGCAUUGAAAAAUCUCAUAAUUGCCAUCAUAAUGCCUACUGCAAUAAUACCGAUGGUUCUUUCAAUUGUUCAUGCAAAAGCGGCUACUUGGGAAAUGGAACUGACUGUGAAGAUAUCGAUGAAUGUGGUGUGAGUUCUCAUAAUUGCCAUGACAAUGCAUACUGUAACAAUACUAAUGGAUCUUUCAAUUGUACAUGUAAAAAUGGCUACCUUGGAAAUGGAACAGACUGUAGAGAUAUCGAUGAAUGUGGCACGGCUUCUCAUAAUUGUCAUUACAACGCCUACUGUAACAAUACUGAUGGAUCUUUCAAUUGUACAUGUAAAAAAGGCUACUCAGGAAACGGAACAGACUGCCGAGAUAUCGAUGAAUGCAUUGAAAAAUCUCAUAAUUGCCAUCAUAAUGCCUACUGCAAUAAUACCGAUGGUUCUUUCAAUUGUUCAUGCAAAAGCGGCUACUUGGGAAAUGGAACUGACUGUGAAGAUAUCGAUGAAUGUGGUGUGAGUUCUCAUAAUUGCCAUGACAAUGCAUACUGUAACAAUACUAAUGGAUCUUUCAAUUGUACAUGUAAAAAUGGCUACUCAGGAAAUGGAACAGACUGUAGAGAUAUCGAUGAAUGUGGCACGGCUUCUCAUAAUUGUCAUUACAACGCCUACUGUAACAAUACUGAUGGAUCUUUCAAUUGUACAUGUAAAAAAGGCUACUCAGGAAACGGAACAGACUGCCGAGAUAUCGACGAAUGCAUUGAAAAAUCUCAUAAUUGCCAUCAUAAUGCCUACUGCAAUAAUACCGAUGGUUCUUUCAAUUGUUCAUGCAAAAGCGGCUACUUGGGAAAUGGAACUGACUGUGAAGAUAUCGUUGAAUGUGGUGUGAGUUCUCAUAAUUGCCAUGACAAUGCAUACUGUAACAAUACUAAUGGAUCUUUCAAUUGUACAUGUAAAAAUGGCUACCUUGGAAAUGGAACAGACUGUAGAGAUAUCGAUGAAUGUGGCACGGCUUCUCAUAAUUGUCAUUACAACGCCUACUGUAACAAUACUGAUGGAUCUUUCAAUUGUACAUGUAAAAAAGGCUACUCAGGAAACGGAACAGACUGCCGAGAUAUCGACGAAUGCAUUGAAAAAUCUCAUAAUUGCCAUCAUAAUGCCUACUGCAAUAAUACCGAUGGUUCUUUCAAUUGUUCAUGCAAAAGCGGCUACUUGGGAAAUGGAACUGACUGUGAAGAUAUCGAUGAAUGUGGUGUGAGUUCUCAUAAUUGCCAUGACAAUGCAUACUGCAACAAUACUGAUGGAUCUUUCACUUGUACAUGUAAAAAUGGCUACUCAGGAAAUGGAACUGACUGUAGAGAUAUCGAUGAGUGUGUCGCGGCUUCUGAUGAUUGUCAUAACAACGCCUACUGUAACAAUACUGAUGGAUCUUUCAAUUGUACAUGUAAAAAAGGCUACUCAGGAAACGGAACAGACUGCCGAGAUAUCGACGAAUGCAUUGAAAAAUCUCAUAAUUGCCAUCAUAAUGCCUACUGCAAUAAUACCGAUGGAUCUUUCAAUUGUACAUGUAAAAAAGGCUACUCAGGAAACGGAAAAAACUGCCGAGAUAUCGACGAAUGCAUUGAAAAAUCUCAUAAUUGCCAUCAUAAUGCCUACUGCAAUAAUACCGAUGGUUCUUUCAAUUGUUCAUGCAAAAGCGGCUACUUGGGAAAUGGAACUGACUGCGAAGAUAUCGAUGAAUGUGGUGUGAGUUCUCAUAAUUGCCAUGACAAUGCGUACUGUAACAAUACUAAUGGAUCUUUCAAUUGUACAUGUAAAAAUGGCUACUCAGGAAAUGGAACUGACUGUAGAGAUAUCGAUGAGUGUGUCGCGGCUUCUGAUGAUUGUCAUAACAACGCCUACUGUAACAAUACUGAUGGAUCUUUCAAUUGUACAUGUAAAAAGGCUACUCAGGAAACGGAACAGACUGCCGAGGUUUCCAACACAAAAUUAAAUAUCGACGAAUGCAUUGAAAAAUCUGAUAAUUGCCAUCAUAAUGCCUACUGCAAUAAUACCGAUGGUUCUUUCAAUUGUUCAUGCAAAAGCGGCUACUUGGGAAAUGGAACUGACUGUGAAGAUAUCGAUGAAUGUGGUGUGAGUUCUCAUAAUUGCCAUGACAAUGCGUACUGUAACAAUACUAAUGGAUCUUUCAAUUGUACAUGUAAAAAUGGCUACUCAGGAAAUGGAACUGACUGUAGAGAUAUCGAUGAGUGUGGCGCGGCCUCUCAUGAUUGUCAUAACAACGCCUACUGUAACAAUACUGAUGGAUCUUUCAAUUGUACAUGUAAAAAAGGCUACUCAGGAAACGGAAAAAACUGCCGAGAUAUCGACGAAUGCAUUGAAAAAUCUCAUAAUUGUCAUCAUAAUGCCUACUGCAAUAAUACCGAUGGUUCUUUCAAUUGUUCAUGCAAAAGCGGCUACUUGGGAAAUGGAACUGACUGUGAAGAUAUCGAUGAAUGUGGUAUGAGUUCUCAUAAUUGCCAUGACAAUGCAUAUUGUAACAAUACUAAUGGAUCUUUCAAUUGUACAUGUAAAAAUGGCUACUCAGGAAAUGGAACUGACUGUAGAGAUAUCGAUGAAUGCAUUGAAAAAUCUCAUAAUUGUCAUUACAAUGCCUACUGCAAUAAUACCGAUGGUUCUUUCAAUUGUUCAUGCAAAAGCGGCUACUUGGGAAAUGGAACUGACUGUGAAGAUAUCGAUGAAUGUGGUGUGAGUCCUCAUAAUUGCCAUGACAAUGCAUACUGUAACAAUACUAAUGGAUCUUUCAAUUGUACAUGUAAAAAUGGCUACUCAGGAAAUGGAACUGACUGUAGAGAUAUCGACGAUUGCAUUGAAAAAUCUCAUAAUUGUCAUCAUAAUGCCUACUGCAAUAAUACCGAUGGUUCUUUCAAUUGUUCAUGCAAAAGCGGCUACUUGGGAAAUGGAACUGACUGUGAAGAUAUCGAUGAAUGUGGUGUGAGUCCUCAUAAUUGCCAUGACAAUGCAUACUGUAACAAUACUAAUGGAUCUUUCAAUUGUACAUGUAAAAAUGGCUACUCAGGAAAUGGAACUGACUGUAGAGAUAUCAACGAAUGCAUUGAAAAAUCUCAUAAUUGCCAUCAUAACGCCUAUUGUAACAAUACCGAUGGUUCUUUCAAUUGUUCAUGCAAAAGCGGCUACUUGGGAAAUGGAACUGACUGUGAAGAUAUCGAUGAAUGUGGUGUGAGUUCUCAUAAUUGUCAUCACAAUGCCUACUGUAACAAUACUGAUGGAUAUUUCAAUUGUACUUGUAAAAAUGGCUACUCAGGAAAUGGGACCGACUGCCAAGAUGUCGACGAAUGUGAUGCAGGGACUCACAACUGCCAUCACAAUGCCUACUGUAACAAUACUGAUGGCUCUUUCAAUUGCACCUGCAAAAGCGGCUACUUCGGCAAUGGAAAUGACUGUGAAGAUAUCGAUGAAUGCGUUGCGAGUUCUCACAAUUGCCAUCAGAACGCCUACUGUAACAAUACCGAUGGAUCUUUCAAUUGUACAUGUAAAAAUGGCUAUUCAGGAAACGGAACUGAAUGUAAAGAUAUCGAUGAAUGUGGCGCGAGUUCUCAUAAUUGCCAUUACAACGCCUACUGUAAGAAUACUGAUGGUUCUUUCAAUUGCACAUGCAUAGACGGCUACUCAGGGAAUGGGACCGACUGCAAAGAUGUCGACGAAUGUGGUGGCAGUUCUCAUAAUUGCCAUCACAAUGCCUACUGUAACAAUACUGAUGGUUCAUUUAAUUGUACAUGCGGAAAUGGUUACUGUGGAAUUGGAACAGACUGUCGAGAUAUCGACGAAUGUUAUGCAAGUUCUCACAAUUGCCAUCACAAUGGCUACUGUAACAAUACUGAUGGUUCUUUCAAUUGUACAUGUAAAAAUGGCUACAGAGGAAAUGGAAAAAACUGCGAAGAUAUCGACGAAUGUGGUGCGAGUUCUCACAAUUGUCAUCACAACGCGUAUUGUAACAACACUGAUGGCUCUUUCAAUUGUACAUGCAAAAAUGGCUACUGGGGAAAUGGAACAGGCUGUCAAGAUGUCAACGAAUGUGAGAGAGAGAACGAUUGUUCACCGAAUGCUCUGUGUACUAAUCAGGACGGAACAUAUUUAUGUAAUUGCAAGAAUGGCUUUGAGGGGAAUGGAAUUCGUUGUGAGGACAUUGAUGAAUGUACAGGGAAAUCACCGAAAUGUAGAAAUGAAAGCCAAAGUUGUACCAACUAUCCUGGAGAAUAUCGCUGUCAUUGUAUAAGUCCAGGGAAAUAUCUUUCUGAAGAUGGGUCAACGUGUGUUGAUUUGGCGGGUUCUGUUGCAGGUAGAUUUGAUAUUGUAAAUCGUGUAUACCUACAGAUCUAUGAUGAUCACUCAAGCGCAGAAUACCUGGAAAUCACUGACGCAAUAAUUGAGAUGAUAGUCAAGUUAUUUAAAAGUACGAGCCUAACUUCGCAAUUUUAUUCAUGCUUUAUCACAAAUUUGACUAAUGGAUCUCUUGGCGUCGACUACGUGGCAACAUUUAACGAUUUAACCGGAGUUACCUACGAAAAUCUUCAAAAAGAAUUAGCCGAAACUUUGAACGUAACAAACAGCGGCACAUUCCUUCCUGGCACCAACCUACAACUCAGCCCCAACACUGAUCCCGCUAGCACUGAAUUGGCUGGUCUUUUUAAAUUUGAAGAUUACGAUGAGUGCGAUCCUGCAAAUAUUCAAACUCCUGAUUGUGGUGAAAAUGCAACAUGCGUCAACAGAAAUCUUACUUACGAUUGUAUCUGUAAUGAAGGCUUCGUCAAGAAUGGCAGUGAUUGUAUUGUUGCUCAAGGAGAUGUUGACAAGAGUGAAGUUGAGGACGUGAAACAUGUUUUAAUGGCCGUCAUAGGAUGGCUCAGCCUGUGUUUUGUGGUCACGUUCGUGAUUUUAAUAAUUGCUGCUUUUAGUCUCAUCGGAAAUAAAGGAGAAUAUUAUGAUCCCAAACCACGUGUAAUCGCUGCUCCAACACACCGUCCCAUGUUUAACCACCUUUAUUAUAAUGAUAACAAAUAUCCAUUGUAAUCUAAAACAAAUUUGUAUGACUUUUUAUAGGUCACUGCAUAGUUUACACUUUGACUAUGCUUAUAAUGCUUUUAAUCACUCGCGAUCCUAAAAAAAAAUUUAAUGAGUGUUGGUAGCUGUGCAUAAAUAGGACAAGAUGAUUUUGGUUUAAAUGUUGGUUUAAAUUUAAAUAUAUAAGACGAGCGUACACGAGAUAAAUAUCAGUGACGUACAAAAAAGGAGUUUGCAUUUAUUUAAGUCUUUUUUAUGUAAAUUGUCGAAACGUAAAUUUCGCUGCUUUCGAAACGAUCCUUGUCAAUCACAGUUGCCCACGAUAACGCGCGAUACAACAACCUAAAGUUCAACAGUGUGUAUAAAAAAUUACCCCUGUUGAAAUAAAGCUUCUGUUGGAAAUUUGAAUGCAUUUGAAUUCACGAUCGAGCAUGUAAAGUUUAUUGAGACCGGCUGUAAUCACGAUUCAUGUCGAGGCAGGCUUUCGUUUAAAUUAUGCUUAUGUGUACUGAACGAGCUAGGCCAGCCUAGUUGCGGGUUAGUUACGCUCCCAAAAUGCGGGCGCAAACACAUGUUUUGUUUAGUUGCUUAUUAAUUUUUCACUUAAAUAAGACCUGUCUUUGUUACUGCGAAGGUCAACAGUCAGGUAUUUGUUCAAUUGUAAUUUACGAUUCUAUUGUCGCUUUUAAGUUUGAUCUUUAUGAUUUCUGUGACUUGUUUGUAACGAUUUCUUGACUUUAAAACCACACUGCACAUAGACAUAGUGUAAACAGAACAUAUAAGUCUACUGUAUGUACAUUAUUAGAGUAUUUUAUAUCUGUUUAUCGUGGCGCCUUCCCCUGUUGACUAAGCAAAGAUAUUACGGUUUGUAACUACUUUGUGAAGGUAUUUGUAUGUUUU